AUGUCUGAUAAAGAAACUGAGUUGACGGAAGAGCAAAUCAAGGAACAAAAGCUUGAAGCAGCUAGAAAAAAAUAUGAAGAACUGAAGAACAAAAACAAGAAAAAGAAGAAGAAGACCAAAAAGGACAAAAAAGAAGAUGAGAAGGAUGAAGGAUCUGGUAAAGAAGAAAGCGUUGAGCCAGUAGAAGAUGGUCCAAAAGUUGAUGUCAAUGCUGAUGCAGUAACAGAAGACAAAUCAAAAGACGAUAUAAAUGAUGAAGUGAAGGAGGAUGAUCAGGAAGAAGUUAAAGAAGAAGUUAAAGAAGAAGCCAAAGAAGCCAAAGAAGAAGCCAAAGACGAACCAAAAGAAGAACCAAAAGAAGAGACCACACAAGAAAAGGCUGAAUUGGAAAAUAGCUCAAAAGGUGACCUUAAUGACGAAUCGAAUGGUGAACCAACUAAUAAAGUCAAUAAAAGCACUAAAGUCCCUUCUUCUGAAGCAACACCAAAUGAAGAAGAUACUAUAACACAGGAACUUGGAGAAUUGAAAGUCACAGAACCUUUAACUGAAGAAAAGCCAGUUACUGCUGCAACCAAUGAAUCAACCACCAGCGAUCCAACAGAAGAUCUUUUCCCAGACUCUGGCCCUUCAUUCAUGGAAUCUCUUCAACAAUCAAAAGCUGACGAGGCACUUUUGAAAUCUCAAAAAGAGAACGAAUUACUGAAAAAGGAACUCGAGAAAUUGAAGAAUGAAAACAAGAGUUUGAAAAUGUUGAAGCUAGAGCAUUUGGAUCAACUUGAAACUUUGGAAGCAAAAGUUUCCGAUUUAGAAUCGAAAUUGGCAAAAGCAAGAGUUGAUUCUUCAAACCACAAUACAUUGGGUCCUUCGGCUUAUGAUCAAGAAGAUACUUUAUCAUUAUCACCAACUCCUUCAUUCCAACAAAACUUCCCAACUUCAUUUAGUCAAUUCAAGCCACACAACAAAAAUGAAAGCCAACUGAAUUUAUCUGAAAUAAAAGCCAGAUUGAGCAAAUGGAAAGGUUGGAAUAUUGACAUGACAUCUUGGAGAAGUGUGGGAAGUGGACCUAUAGUUGAGUUAUGA